UGCUCCUCUCUAGCGGCAUCCCCUCGUGGUUCGCGCAUUUUUUGAAACUUUCUGAUUCUGAUUCUGAGUAAACGUAGUGUGAGUUUACUUGGAUCUUUGUCGCUUCGGUGGCUGUACUAGUCGUGUGUUUUUGAUUUACAAGGAUGGCGCUUAUUUUUCUUCUGUGCAAGAACACGCAGCUCGGGCACUGAACAUUGACGAGAACAAGUCGUCUUGUUGAAAUUACAGGUGGAAGUGCAGCUGCUCAUCCGCCCCGCGUGAGCGAGCAAUUGCUUUGACCACGGACGACUACGGGGACCAAUAGCCGGAGAUAAUUUUCUAAUCAUGACCAGCCCCAUCUCCCAAGUGGAGAACAACUCCGGGAAAAAGCAGCUGGCGCUGGUGCUGUAUCUUCAGCAAAAACAUCCCCACCCCAGAGUUGUCAUGCAAAUGCGCACUGACAGGAGCAUUUGAUGGAGUGCGCAUCUCUAUGAGAGGCAUUUCCAAUCGUGUUUUGGACUUUGUAAUGCUGUAAACAGGAAGAUGAGAAGCGGGGCUUCUCACACGGCUGCCCUUGCUAACCAGCACUACACUGCAGAUGGAGCUUUGUCAUGCGCAACUCCCAAAACUUGGAGAUUUGUGUUGCAAUUUGCCAACUUGACUAUGGAGUGGGGACGUUUUUACAUAGGAUAUGCUGCUGGCCGCGGUUUUGCUGGGCCAACUGUACACGUCGCGGGUGCUCUACUUAUGCAAAGGGACAUCACAGGUUCUGGGCUAGUAAAAGCAUUUUUCGUGUUGUGCCUGCUGACUCAGAGCAGCUGCAAAAUCCAAUAAAUUCUGUAUUGCAAAAAUGCUAGUGUGGAUAAAAAAUGCAAGUUUCAGGAGUUUGUUGUGCAUUUUCGCGACUUAAUCUUUUGGCUGGAGAACGAAAAAGUCGAAGAACCCCCCAGAUGACCUGUUUGCACUCUGCAUAGCAAACGAGCCUUUACAACAACGAGAUUCAGUUGGAUUGCUGCAGCGCGGACGUUGAGACUCUCUUUGACGAGGACGAUGAUGGAAGUUACGACGCUGUUGACUCCACAUCGCAUGGAAAUGGAAAUUCGGCCCCUGGAGUCCCCGGCGGUCACGCAUCCUCCUCCCGCGGACACCAGAGAACGACCAACCCGCCCACCAUCAUUCCGCGGGUGCAGGACAUCGCCACGACGCACCACAUAUGAAAUGCAAGUAUGUCUGGGUCCUCUGGAAACUUGUGAUGCUGGCUUGGGAAUGGUGGACACACUGCAAUACGCAGCCAAGCAUGACAAGUUCUUGAGCUGCUAUGUGUUGCGAGUUCCGCAUGGCAAACUGCGCUAUUGCAUGACAGGCACGCGACUCCCAUCCUGCUCAUGCAGCACAGAGUUAGGAGUCAUGAGCGACAAGCAUGACAAACUUCCAUUCUACUUCCAGACCCAGACAUAUUAUUUGCAAUGCAUACCACAGCCCCCAGGUUCGGAAAACCACGCACCGGCCGGUCACGCAAAAGGCAUCUGUGCGCCCGGCACGACCAAGUGGCAAAACUGGUAGUAGCAGUGAUUCCACCGGAGUAGAAAUAAAUUCUAACGGAGCGAGCGGCGCUGCGCAGAAAAACACGAUUUUAGGCGACAACGCAAUACAAAGCAUCUUCGGGGAUGACGAGGAGGACGGGGUGGUGGGAACAAUGGGCACGGAAGGAGAGGGAGAACAAAUAACUACAGGACCUGGUACUUCCACGCAUAUUCACUUUAGAUAAGUUCACAACUUCAUAUAUUACUAGCCUCGCGUUCUUUCACUUUUUGCAGAGUCCUCGUGAGGUGGUCAGGCUUCAAUGUCCACGCUUAUUUCCCUGGACCUUUGCUUCAUUUCGAUAAUAUGAAAAGCUUGAAUUUUCGUAUACAAAGAAACACUCAGCGCAGCAUCCUUGUCCUUCGUCUCUGUACAGGUAGCGCGGCCUCUUCACCACCAACUACAGUGCCAGCAGUACAACAAACAACUAGCAGCACAAGCGUACAAAUCCUGCACCCAGCAACCCUUUCCCUCCCCGAUUACCUCCAAGUGCACGCGGCAAACCGGCUAUGCAAGUAGAAAAAAACUGUGUAAGUGUAAAUCUGUGAUGCAAAAAAUGCAAAACAGUUACACUUGCCAUGCUGGAAGUGCGUCAUAGCCGUGUUUCAUACGUGUUUUCACGUGCUAUCUGCGCACGACAGGUUUUUUCUGUAAUGCAAAUCGAAUUUGUGAUGCUUUGCGUUUGCUGCUGUUUCUACAAAGUUACACUCACACAGUUUUUUUCCUGGAUACCGGUUGGGGGUGAUUCUGGGAGUAUUCUGCGUAAAAACGUCCCCACACCAUAGUCAAGUUGGGAAUCUAGCAACACAAAUCUCCAAGUUUUGUUAUAGCUGUGCAUGACAAGUUUCUCUCUGCAGUGUAGUGCUGGUUGGCAAAGGUGGAAGCCGCACGAGAAAGCCGCUUUCGCAUCCUGUUUACAGCAUUCCAAAUUCCGAAACACCAUUGGAAAUGCCUCGUCUCGUGGAGCUGCGCAUUACAAAUGUUCCUGUCAUUGCACAUAUGCAUGACAACUCUGGGGAGGGGACGUUUUUACAGAGGAUAGGGAGUCGGAAAAAACUACGCCUUCUCGCUGGACUUGUUGGGAAGGUGGACGUAUCCACUGCAAAUAUGUCUGGGCCUGGAAGACGAGUCUGAGUUUGUGAUGCUAGGUCUGAUCGACGCAAGAAUCUGUAUUGCAUGACCAGCAAAGCAGGUGCCCAAUUUUGGAGUAAGUACUUACGAGAAGCAGGCAACGCUUCUUCUCACACAGACUAGGCGUCGAGGAUCCUUCUCAAGAAAAUUUGUGAUGCUGAGCCCGCACUCUAUCUUCUCUUGGUCAUGCGAAACCUGGUGCUUCCACACCCAGACGUAUUUAUUGCUCUGGAUAGAGCGAGCUCCAUUGGGCUGUAUUUAGUGGACCCCUGGAUUCACUUGGUGGGAUGCGGGGCUGCAAGAAAAGCUGGGAACGCAAAUUCUUUCACAUUGCAGGAACAAGACGGGCAAAAUAAAGCAGCAGUAAAACCAUCACCAUCUUCUCCCGAUUGCACCUUUCCCACCGAUAAGCAUUGCAAAUAUGUCUGGGUCUGGAAGAUUGCGAGAUUUCUCAUGCUAGUUUAGCAUGACUCAGAACUCUGUAUUGCGUGGGGCCAACAUCGGAAGAUGACCUCGUCUUGUCUGUCAUGCAAAAACGAUGGUUCUGAUGCGGAAUACGCAACACAGAGCCACGAGAACAUCUGUCAUGCUUGGCGGUGCAUUACAGUGCGCUUUCUAUUCACUGACAUGCACCACAAGUUUCCAGACCCCGACAUAUUUGCACUUGGUAACCGACCAGGAAGCGCAAUUGACGUUUGAGUCCGUGUAUCCUGUGCAAAAGUAUCGUACUCGUAUCGCAAUCAUGCAUAUACAAAUCUUUUUCUUAAGGUGAAUCUGCAUAAUAGAUUUCCUGUCUCAUGCUGAGGAAAUUUGUAAUGCAUUUAUACGAGUGCGAUACUUUUGCAGUUCAUACCGUGCAGGAGCAGUUUAGCAUCAAUCCAACUUUUCAGAACCGGCUCUCUUUCGUAUGACAGUGAAAAUAGCCUCUCCUCCCUCUCAUUUGUCAUGCAAAGCUCCAAAUCGAAGUGCUUCCCUGUGGCACUUUUAGCAUGACAGAUGAUUCCGGAACGACCCCAAACAGUACUACACUAGAACUGCAUGAAUUUGUCAUGCACAGGCUCCACGUGUGCUGGUGUUUGUAUUGCUGUUCAUGCUUAACAAAUGAGGGGGAGGGGGAGUUGUCAGCACUCUCAUAUUUCGUGCGAGACUUGGCGCACUCUUUCGCAGACACUUUUCGGACCUCGGGGAUGAGCAGUCAGUAUCCCAAGCAAAAACGUCCCCACCCCGUAGUUGUCAUGCUAAUUCGCAACUAACCUGAGGCGUUUCUCAUGCGCAGCAGCUCCAUGAGGAACUAUUGUAAAAAUGCUACCCCUAUCUGGGAGGUAGAGUUUGUCAUGCUGGGAAAACAAGAAUACGCCAUUCGAUCUGUGAUGCAGUUGCACCACCUAAAUCUAUCACGAACUUGUCAUGCGCAACAGCCAAACCUUCUUGAUUUGUGCAGCACGAGCCCCAUCUUCACUGUGGGGUGGGAGCGUUUUUCCCUAGGAUAGUCAGCUGGGCUUCGUCUUCUUCGACAACGAUUACGCAAAUUUGGCUCGCGAUUUGAACGACUGGGCCGUGCUCAACACGAAUUUAGUCCUCGCUGGCACCGGGUUUGGCAAUCGGGAGGGAAAAGUGAAGGAGCAGGUAGUAUCAAAAGGAAAAAUCUCCCCACCCCAUAUCGAAAACCAAAUUUGUGAUGCUGUAUUUGAGUACACAAAUCGACGUGUAAUGCUAGAAGGCCAGGAGCCGCCACUGUGGCCUCGUUUGCAGGCCAUUUUCCAUGCUGUUUCCCACUUCCAGCUGCCUCCUGUCAUGCUGAAGAUGCAAGGCUUUCCCACGCCACCCAGCACCACUACUGUAUUUCCCUUCUAGCAUGACAAAGCUGAUUUGUGACCACAAAUAUGCAUCACAGAUUUCCGUUUUGAUAUGGGGAGGGGGGAUUUUUCUUCUUGAUAGGUAGAGACAUUCGCGGUCGGCAGGAAUAUCCGGGAAAUCUCGGUUUUGCCGGGGGGCGAUGUGUGGAUGUUGAGGGUCGUGUGAAGGAUAAUUUACUACAGCUGUUUCUCCACAUCACAGGAGGAGCAUGAGAAGUUCUUGAUCACAUACCAAGAUGUUGGUAAUGAGUUGUACUUAGCGGAGAUUUGUAGUUUCAAGACAUGAAUCCGAUUUGAAAUGAACGGUCAUAGUACUCUUACUCGCGCACAACAAAAAAUCUUCCAGAAACGACACUGGGGCGGCAAAUGAAGUAGAAGAAAAACAU